ACCUUCAUUUAAAACUGAUGUUUACCUCGGCCAGGACAUAUCACUACCUUUGAUAUCUCUAUUCACGCAAUGUAUGUUGUGGUGGCAAGAAAAUGUACGUUAUCUAAGGCUGCCCUCUGAUUGGCUACUUUAGCUGUCCUUUUUGGCGGGUAACUGUGCGUCUGGCGCGAGUUUGACCCAACAUCCAACAGUUUCUUAGUAAAUUAGCUAGCUAACUUGUUUUUGGUAGUUAUUUUUUAACCAAAAAAACAGGUUGUGUGACUGCGCUCUAUCUAGGUAGUAAUAGCUAGCUAUGUGAGCUAUGCAAUUUCAUACUAAUCACAAUAGGUUGUAGAGUAAAGUCAGUGACAUCAGUGGCUGUGUGUAUUGCUGCUAGCUACGUUAGCUAGCAAAUGUAAUGUAGAUAGCUAGUUAGCUAAAUUAGCUAGCCAGAUUAGUAUAAAAUAUUUCUGUAUCUAUCUGUGUAAACUAGUACUUAGCUAACUAGCUACAUAUUUCAACAUAGCGUUUACCUUGAUAGCUAGCUAUUUGGCUUAUAAUUAAUCUUUAUUUUGUAGAUUUGACAACUUGUUAUCAACUAGUAUUACUACCAUGGCAUGUGAACAACGUUUGUAGCUAGCCAACAUCUUCAAGAAGUAGACUUACACUUUCUUGUCUCUAUGCCACAGAGCAGAAAGUUAUGAUCCUCAGGGAGGAACGCACCUGCCCUGGUGCCAGUCAGAUUGUACAGUGGAUGCAGGGAUGCUUUGAUGCCCUUCAGAGAAAAUACUUGCGGACGGUCGUUAUGUCUAUAUACACAGACCCAGAUAAUCCAAAGAAGGUUACUGAAUGCUACCAGUUCAAAGUCCAAUACACUGAAAAGGGACCCAAAAUUGACUUUGAAAGCAAAAACAGCAAGAAUCUGGAAAAGAUGGCUUGCAGCAACACAAAAAAGUCCAGCAUCCUCCUGGUGCGUAAACUCUACACACUGAUGCAGAACCUGGGUCCUCUGCCAGACAAUGUCUGUCUCAACAUGAAACUCUCUUACUAUGACGACGUCACUCCCCAGGACUACCAACCCCCAGGCUUCAUGGAGGGGGACGGCGAUAGCAUGCAGUUUGAGAAGGAGCCUGUCAACCUGACCAUGGGUGAGGUGGUCACUCCCUUCCACACCCUGAAGGUGGACGUGACCACAGAGAGAGAAAGGCUGGAGCAGGUCGAUGACGAGCAGACAAUCUGCAUGAGGGACAAGUGGGAGCUGAAGAUGGAGGAAGGGACAGUGACCAAGAUCAGCAGUCAGCAGACUCGCAUGAUAAAAGUAAUGGAAAAUCCGGACAACGACCUUUACUUGGACAAUUCCGAGGUCCAGGUGAACUGCCAGGAGAAGAUGGAGGUGUGUGAGGAGAGCACAGAGAACUCUCAGAUGGAUACUUUGGUAAAGAGGACAUCUGACCUGGAAGUGGCCAUUAAGAGGACCAGGAGCGGACGCGUCACCAGGUCCACCCUGGUGUACCUGUGGAUGUAUUUCAAGGCCUACCUUCCAACUCAGUGCCUCUUUGCUUGACAUCAUGGGAAAAUCAAAAGAAAUCAGCCAAGACCUCAGAAAAAUAAGACCUCCACAAGUCUGGUUCAUCCUUGGGAGCAAUUUCCAAAUGCCUGAAGGUACCACGUUCAUCUGUACAAACAAUAGUACGCAAGUAUAAACACCAUGGGACCACGCAGCCGUCAUACCGCUCAGGAAGGAGAUGCGUUCUGUCUCCUAGAGAUUAAUGUACUUUGGUGCGAAAAGUGCAAAUCAAUCCCAGAACAACAGCAAAGGACCUUGUGAAGAUGCUGGAGGAAACAGGUACAAAACUAUUGAUAUCCAAAGUAAAACGAGUCCUAUAUCGACAUAACCUGAAAGGCCUCUCAACAAGGAAGAAGCCACUGCUCCAAAACCGCCAUAAAACAGCCAGACCAAGGUUUCCACAUGGGGACAAAGAUCGUACUUUUUGGAAAAAUGUCCUCUGGUCUGAUGAAACAAAAAUUGAACUUCCAAUGUUGUGGCAAAAUGGCUUAAGGACAACAAAGUCAAGGUAUUGGAGUGGCCAUCACAAAGCCCUGACCUCAAUUCUAUAGAACAUUUGAGGUCAGAACUGAAAAAGUGUGUGCGAGCAAGGAGGCCUACAAACCUGACUCAGUUACACCAGGUCUGUCAGGAGGAAUGGGCCAAAAUUCACCCAACUUAUUGUGGGAAGCUUGUGGAAGCCUACCCGAAACGUUUGACCCCAAGUUUAACAAUUUCAAGGCAAUGCUACCAAAUACUAAUCGAGUGUGUGUAAACUUCUGACCUACUGGGUAUGUGAUGAAAUAAAUACAUUCUGAAAUGAAUAAUUUCUCUACUAUUAUUCUGACAUUUCACAUUCUUAAAAUAAAGUGGUGAUCCUAACUGACCUAAGACAGGGAAUUUUUACUAGAACUAAAUGUCAGGAAUUGUGAAAAACUGAGUUUAAAUGUAUUUGGCUAAGUUGUAUGUAAACCUCCGACUUCAACUGUAUAUCUAUGGGACUAGCUUCACAAGCACUUCCCUGCAUUCUGUGAUUUACUGUCUUUGG